AUGACAGACAAGGACUUUCAGCAACCUACGGCGACGCAGCUCGCAGCGCCUAAUGAAGAGGCGCAACAUGCUGCUGACGAUGAGAAGUCCAUGAGCCUCAUUCAAGCGAUCAAACUCUACCCAAAAGCUGUCGGUUGGUCUGUCGUUCUAUCGAGUGCUCUGAUAAUGGAGGGUUACGACCUUGCAUUGUUGGGGAGCUUGUAUGGAAGCCCUCAGUUCAAUCGCAAAUACGGAGUCUUCAACGCCGCUACGGGCAAAUACGGUGUUCAAGCCAGUUGGCAGAGUGCUUUAUCUAACGGAGCGCGAGCUGGCGAGGUCAUCGGUCUAGUCAUCAAUGGCUUUGUCAGUGAGCGGUACGGGUAUCGGAAGACCAUGAUAGGCGCCCUGAUAUCGAUGACUGCUUUCAUCUUUAUCCUCUUCUUUGCACCCAAUGUUCAGACAUUGGUCAUCGGCGAAGUCUUCUGCGGCAUACCCUGGGGCAUGUUUCAGACCCUCACAACGCAGUACGCAUCAGAAGUUGCGCCUGUACGCUUGAGGCCGAUCCUGACCACGUUCGUUAACAUGUGCUGGGUGAUGGGACAGUUCAUUGCUGCAGGUGUCAACCGCGGCUGCGUUCAACGUCCAGACCAAUGGGCGUAUCGUAUUCCCUUCGCUGUGCAAUGGGUCUGGCCCAUACCAAUCAUGGUCGGAGUCUUUCUCGCACCUGAGAGCCCUUGGUGGCAUGUCCGCAGAGGCGACAAGGCAGGUGCCAAAGCUGCAUUGCUUCGCCUAACCUCGCCGGACAAGGACCCAAACUUCAAUGCCGACGAGACGAUUGCCAUGAUUGAGCAUACCAACGAAAUGGAGAAGAACAUGUCAGAAGGGACUCGAUGGACGGACCUGUUCAAGGGAACAGAUCUCCGACGAACAGAGAUCGUAUGCUUCACCUGGAUUGCUCAGACGAUCUGCGGGACCAACAUCAUGGGCUACUUUGCAUACUUCAUGCAAAAGGCAGGCCUUCCGACCGUACAAUCUUUCAACAUGUCGAUGAUCUCACUCGCCCUUGGCCUAGUCGGUACUGCUGGCUCGUGGUACCUCAUGCAGAAGUUCGGUCGACGAACGAUCCAUUUCUCCGGCGGCUGCACACUCUUCAUCAUUCUGAUCAUCGUCGGAUCAUGCUCCUUUGCGGGUACGCAGGCCUCUAACUGGGCUAUUGGAGCAGUGUUGAUUCUCUUCGUCUUCGUUUACGACUUCACGAUCGGUCCAGUGACGUACUCAAUCGUAUCAGAGAUGUCGUCCACAAGGUUGAAAGCAAAGACGAUCGUUCUUGCCCGAGCGCUAUACAAUAUCUCCAAUAUCGUUGUCAACGUGUUGACGAACUACCAGCUUGGAGAUGCCAACUGGGCCUGGGGUGCGAAGACAGCAUUCUUCUGGGCUGGUACUUGCGGCUGCGUUGUGGUAUGGGUGUACUUUAGGCUUCCGGAACCGAAGGGUCGGACGUAUGGUGAGCUCGAUAUGCUGUUCGAGCAGAGGAACAACACGCCUAGAACGCUUUUCCGGAAACCUGUUGCAAAAGCAUGUGACCCGUGUCGCCGCCGCAAAACCAAGUGCAAUGGUUCGCAACCUUGCGCAGGAUGUUUAUCGGCAAAAAUAGCGUGCACUUUCAGUGCACCGCGAGGUCAAGGAGGUCGCAAAGGCUCCAAGGCAAACGUACUCAGCGAAUUGAGAGCGACUUCCCAGAGUGACACCGACGCCUUCGACCCACAAGAUCCUUUCCCAACUGCGGCCGUCGCCAUCGCUGUAAAAGUUACGCGAGAUGUCUUCACAACUUUGAUCGAUAUCUACGAGGAGCGCGUACACAGGAUAGUAUCUCUUAUACCGGGCGACAGGUUGCGAGAAGAAUUUGUACGGAUGCAAACUUCGCCGACAUCUCAACAGCUCAUAUUUGCCUUUUGCGCAUACAUGGCAAAGUUUGCGGAUUACUCCACUGAAACCAAUCGGGGAUCUACACAGUCUUCACAGAUGAACCCAGAAACCUACUACUUAGAACAUACCUUGCUCUCCCUGCAGCGAGACAGGGUUACGCAGCUUGACCAUCGAUCAGUCUACACAUCCUUCUUUCUGUACGGAGCUUAUGCUGGCAGAGGAGACUAUCGCCAAGCAUGGUUCUACUUGAGAGAGGCAACGACCCUGUUCCUGAUGCUCAAAGACGAGGACAGGGAUUGGUUUGAUAUGAAAACAAGAACACGGCUAUUUUGGAUACUGGUCGUCUCGGAAAGAGCGCAUGGCGUUCGUAGGAACCGGCCCAUUACGCUACCCGUCACGUCUUCAAGCUUUCCACUUGAUGGAUAUGCAGACCUUGGCUUGCGCCACCUUACAUCAGUCUUCCGACCCCUCGAUGAAGCCUUCUUCGCAGUGUGGAACGGUUCUGCGCAAAAUUGCAGCAAAGAGUGGCUGCUCCAGCUUGAGAACGAUGUUCGCACUGCGCUACCCACUGAUCUCGAACUGUCGAACGAAGAGAUUGCAAACGUUCGUAUAUCGCAGUUCUGGCUACAGAUCAAGCUGUGGGAGUUGUUCCCCCGCUUCGGCUAUCUCUCUACAGAAUCUGUUUAUGAUUGCUUAACAUUCAGAUAUCCCAUCUUGGUGGGCAAAGACCUGACCAUUCUCUCGAUGAAGCUACCUAUUCAGAGUCUGCAGAUACAUGGCGUCGGCAUGACGGAAAAAGUAUUUGACAUAGCCUGCGCUUUAGCGGACGUUCUUCAUUUCGUGCCUCGCUCUGCAUCACAUGCGGAACUCAGCCCGCCAGAUUACUUGACUCAAUUGAUGCUGUUGAUCGCAAAGUUGCCGGGCGGCUCAUCGAAGUUCAUGCCUUUGCUGCUAGCCAAAGUCAAUGAACUACUUCCGGAUCUGCUGGAGCACGUAUGUGAAGCGAUUCAGAUGCCCAUCCCCACUAAUCGCAACCCAAUGAGCCCAGACACACGGUUCAUAUAUGAAGAAGAAGUCGGCAGAGGCCUCCAGGCAGAUUUGAGGAGAACACUGUAG